AUAUUAUUUCCCUGUUUAUUGCCCAUAUUGGUCUCCGCACGAGCAGAGGGAAACAGCGAUACGAGACAGAGCGAUGGGCAAAUGCUCUCUCUCAAUGAGACUGACCCUGCUCUCCCUCUCCCUCUCCCUCACAGCCUCGUUUUCUUCAUCGACGCCAUUCUUUCACAAACCAUCCUCCACUUCGCUUUCACCUUCGCCAUCUUCCACACCCAAAGCCACCCCUUCAGACUUGCUUUCUCUGCUCGGGCCCAAGUCCCAGUCUUCCACCAUCGAUCCCCUCAUAGCCCAGGACCUCAAAUCUUGCCUUAAAUUCCUUGUUCCCUUUGCUCCCCCAAAACCCAAAAUGAAUUCUAGAAAGUGCUUGACUCUGAGAAAAGACUUGGGUUCGAUCCAAUUUGGUGGAAGGAGUCAAAGAGAGGAAGAUGAGCUCAUUUGGUGGCCGCCCGAGCCGGUUCUUGAGCUGGCUCGGCUUGCUGUUGAUUCCGGUGGUGACCCAGCUGCUAUACAUCGCGUCCUAGAUCCCACCAUCAUCACUGUUCCUGAUGUUGAAAGAUCAAAAGAAUGCCGAUGUGAGCUGACUAGAACACCGUAUGGGAGACGUUUUAUAAGCGAGGAUUUAAAUUCAUAUUUGGAAUUUUUGUUUAAGAUCAUUGUUGCCCGGGGUCCAACUAUAGGGUUGGACAUAUCCCUUGAUCGCUAUGAUUUCUUUCACGGUCACCUUUUUCUUGCAAUAGAUACUGGAAGACUUGGUAUAUUGUUCCAUGCUAAAGAAUACCCAGCAUAUGAUAAAGAACGUUUUCCAUACAAUAUGGGCUAUUGUCAAAUGGGGUCUAAUGUGAAAUAUGAUGAUUCAAUGAACUUGCGAAAUAUUCUCUGGCUGGCUCCAUUGCCUAGCAAUUUGUCUAAAGCUUGGGUGGCACCAGGAGUCUUGGUGGUGCUGGAUGCCUACCCAGAAGGAGUAAUAUAUAGAGACCUCAUACCCGAAUAUGUACGUAAUGCAAGGACAAUAUAUGAAGAUGACCUUGGGGAUAUUGUAGUUGAUGUCAACUACUUGAAUGUAGGAGAUGCGGUGCCAGAUUAUCAAAUUUUUAUUUGUUGAUGCUCUUCUCGAUACAACGCAUGCUUUUCCUGCAUCAUAUGUUGGAUUCUACCAUUCAAAACAUGCCAACAUACUUCAAAUAGCCUUGCCAACUGUUUCUUUUUCUGUAAGAUGGUGCCCUGCUCGCUCUCUCCUGAAAAUAUAUUACUAAUGUAGUUUCUGACAGUGGAAGAUAAUCGAGACAUUGGAUGAGCUCCAUGCAGCAGAUGAGCCAUAAGUCAGUCCAAAUGAUUGUGGAUUAUAAGAUGCAUAAACUCUCAACGUGGAGAUGGCUUUGCUUUUCCCAAAUUUUGGAUUCAUGAUCGGUGGCUUUGCAUUCAAACAAAGCAUACUGCAGGGCUGUAUUCAGUACCUGUUCAGUAUUGUUAGUGUGGAACACACACAGGUCAGAUUCAAGGUGUACUUCUGAAUUGAUUGUCCUGGGAACAUUCAUUCCUUCACAAAUUAUUAUUUCCCAAGAAGUGUUGUGC